GGGGUGACGCAAAGCCCAGCUGAACCUUCUGAGAUGGCCUUCCCACCAGUGGAAGCACCGCAGGAAGUUCCAGAACCCAAAGGUCCUUUGCCUGAUGGAUCUCCUGAAGGAUCUCAGCCAUCACAGCCUUCUGUGGAGUCACUUGCUGCUACUGCCAAAUCCCUUGAGAACUCGAAAGCUCUUGGCAAUGUGAUCGUGCAUGGACCUCCUGAUUCAGCUGAUGGUGCUGCAUCAAAGAAAGCGGUUGCUGAUCCAGCUGAUGGUCCAGAGACAGUGGCAGAAGCAGCUCCAGCCCCUGCCACGGCACCUGAAGGGCCCCCUGAUCGGACCUUGGAGCUUGCAGGGUUGGAGGCGCUUUUGAAGAAUCAUGAUGCGAGGCUCCAGAUUCAGAGCCAAGAGGAGCUUAAGAGAGCACAUGAG